AUGACUGCACUCGGGCUUGCCGCCCUUGCUGAAGCAGCCACGCCCUACGGUAUCGAGUCCUUCGAUGAGGUACUGAAGCCUCUCUGGCUUGGUAUUCGUCUGCAUCGCGGCAAGGGUCUUGCUGCCUUCUUGAAGGCUAUCGGUUUCAUUAUUCCCCUCAUGGACCCCGAGUACGCAUCC